AUGGCCCUCAAUCACUUCAAGAAACCACCCCCAUAUGUUUUAGCGAGCAUGCUAUGCUCUGCAAACGGCAUCUUAUUUGGAAUGGAUACGGGUGUAAUCGGCCCAGUCACCGAUAUGAAGGAUUUCAAGGCUUCAUUUGGGGGGAGCCAGAAUGCGACCAUUCACGGACUUAUUGUUUCCUCGAUCUUGAUUCCUGCUGCUCUCUCUUCAUUUUUUGCUGGUCAUCUUGCAGACAAGCUUGGUCGACCAAAGGGCAUUAGUAUUGGUGUUUUCAUCUUUGGGAUUGGAGCUGCUAUUGAAGCGGCUGCUAUCUCACUUGGGAUGUUCAUUGCUGGAAGGGUCAUAGAAGGGGUGGGAGAAGGGUUCUUUUUAGAAGGCACGCUUGUGGUCUAUAUCGCGGAAAUUUCACCUACGAGCACGCGAGGCAUGCUGACAACGGGCCCGCAAUUGUUGAUUACUGCGGGAAUCAUGACUGGGUACUUCACUUGCUACGGAUGUUCGGGUAUCAAAUCAUCUCUUUCGUGGCGUACACCAUUUAUUCUUCUUGCUUCGCUCUCCAUGGCUCUAUGCGCUGCAACUUCUUUUCUCCUGCCUCCGUCUCCAAGGUGGUUGAUCUUGCAUGGUCGUCGACAAGAGGCUGAGCAAGCAUGGGAUAAGCUGGGUGUGAGCAAUGCUGAACGUGAAAAGGUCGAAUUACAGUCAGAACGAGUAGAGGUUGCUGCGCCCACGAACACGUCGCAGAUCAGGGAGACGGUCCGGGAAACGACCGAAGUUUCCAAGCCGAACGUCAUUGACAAACUGCUCGAUAUUUUCUCCAAGGAUGUUCGGUCGCGCACGGCUCUUGUUGUAUUCAUGAUGGGAAUGCAGCAGCUCAGUGGUAUUGAUGGCGUGCUUUACUAUGCCCCGCUGCUUUUCCAGCAGGCCGGACUUGCCUCGUCAGAAGCGAGCUUCUUUGCCUCUGGUAUCUCAGCACUCGUGAUUUUCUGCGUGACUAUUCCUGGACUGCUUUUCGCGGACAAAUGGGGCCGUCGCGGCAGUGUUAUUUAUGGCGGUGUUGGAUUGGGCACCGUCAUGUUCUUGAUUGGCGGUCUGUACGCUGGAAACGCCGUCCAUGGAACGUCUGGAGCUGGUCGUUGGAUGGUGAUUGUUGCCAUUUAUAUUUUUGCCGUCAUCUACUCGAUGACAUGGGCAGUCAGCAUCAAGAUCUACGUGCCUGAGAUUCAUCCGAGUCGGACCCGUGCAUCGGCAACGACCCUAGGUCAUUCUUCAAACUGGAUCGCUAACUUUUUAGUCGCCCUCACGACACCUAUUCUACUGGCCAAGAGCUCUUUUGGAGCUUACUUUCUGUUUGGUGGCUGUUCAAUCCUCACGGCUGCCGUCUGUGCGGCUUUCAUGCACGAAACUAAAGGAAGGUCCCUGAAUGAAAUCGAGGAGGCAUUCAAGCACAAUGCUUCUGGACGAAAGAACCCUUUCAGUUUAUUGCGACGACAAAUCGUGCAGUCGACGGCCUAG